GCUUGUUGUUGAAGGAUUUGGCCUGGUGUUAGCGGAAAUCUUUAGUUGCCUUAAUGACUUCCCGUAAAUGCGUACUGGGGGCACGGAUGAGGCAAUUACUAUGACAAUGAGGAAAGUAAACGUGGCCAUCCUUGUGCUGCUGGCUGUGGCCUUUCUAAUCAUAGUUCAACGUAAUCUCCUCAACCUCAGUGACUUUUUACACAAGGAACACCCAGAUGCGGGGAUGAUUCUUCCCUUUGAAUCGGAGCUGUCUCCUGACCUCGGACUGGAACUGGUAAGAAAAGGAGAGGAGAUCCCUGUUCUCAUCACUGCUGCUGAGGAAAGACUUGGUUCUGUGAUUGCUGCCAUGAACAGCAUCUAUCAGAACAGUAAAGCCAAUAUUGUCUUCACCAUAGUGACUCUUAAUGACACGGUGGAUCACUUGAAAGUGUGGCUUAGUAAGACAAAGCUAAACAAUGUCAAUUAUAAGAUAGUUAUUUUCAAGCCCGAACUUCUCAACGGAAAGAUAGCUAAAGAUCCUCAAACGCUGGAGGCUUCCAAACCGUUGACUUUUGCCAGGUUCUAUCUGUCAGCAUACAUACCAGAGGCAGAGAAAGCUAUCUAUCUGGAUGAUGAUGUCAUUGUACAAGGAGACAUCCAGGAUCUUUUUGAAACCCCCAUCAAACCCGGACAUGCAGCUGCUUUUUCAGAGGAUUGUGAUUCAGCUUCUGCCAAGGGCAUUGUUCGAGGGGCUGGCACUCAGAAUAACUACAUAGGGUUCCUUGACUUCAAGAAGGAGGCUAUCAAGAAGCUAGGGAUGAGGGCCAAUACAUGCUCCUUCAACCCCGGGGUCAUCAUUGCCAACCUGACAGAGUGGAAGAACCAGAACAUCACCCAGCAGCUGGAGCACUGGAUGGAGCUAAACACAAAGGAGGAUCUGUACAGUAAGACACUGGCAGAGAGUAUUACCACCCCUCCUCUUCUAAUUGUUUUCUACAAACGUCACUCCAGCAUCGACCCCAUGUGGCACGUCCGACACCUCGGUACAACAGGAGCUGGGAAUCGAUACUCUCCACAGUUUGUGAAAGCUGCAAAACUCCUCCACUGGAAUGGACACUACAAGCCAUGGGGGAGAACAUCCUCUUUUUCUGAUGUCUGGGACAAAUGGUUUCUUCCAGACCCUACAGGGAAAUUUGUCCCUGUAAGAAGACACACAGACUGAUUAUUUGCUUUCCUGAAGGUUUUUUUAUUUUUACCAGCCAAGCCAGCCCCAUCCCAGCAGGACCAUACUUUGUGAUAUCUCAGGAACUACGGAUGGCCUUUUCUCUUGCCAGCCCUGUACUUAGGUUCUUUUAAUCUGUGUUCUCUCACAUUCCCUUUAACACAAAGUUUGCUUUUUCACUCCAUUUAGCUUAGCAUUUCUUAGGAGUAUACAGUUAUUUUGCAUUUUUUUUGCCAAAAAAGGUAGAGCCUUUCAGAUUUUUGAACUGUUACUUUUUCACAUUUCUGAUGAACCGUUGUUUCACUGAAGAGACACAGACCGUUUCAUCCGUUGGUUACGACCUUAAUACACCUGUAUUCUCCAAUCCAACCAUGCGUUAUGUAGCUAGUAUUACAAUAUGCCAGGACAACCAUGUACAAUUUCAGCAUUUGUCUGCAGCAAGUUUAUUCAUAUUAACUUUGUUCUGAUUUACCUACAUUUUCAACAAGGAGUUUUUAAGUUACCUCAGCUGUAAUGGUGUAGCAUAGUUGGCUCUAUUUGCUGCUUCACACAAUCUAAUGCCAAGUAAGAACUUUCCUCAUUGGCUGGGCCGAGAACAUAUGGUUACCUCAUUUCAAAACUUCCUGUGGAAUGAUUAAAAUACGAACAUCUGUGCAACUAUGAGUUAUUAAAGUUCAGUCAUUUAUCCCGCUGCCAUGGUCAAACUCUACUGCCUCACUUUAAACUGUUGUGGUUUUUAGAAACUUUUUGCCUCAACUAUAGAAAACUUCGUUUUCCUGUUAGGAACUAGUCAGGAGUCUUUUAGAAAUCAAAAUGCUUUCACCUUGCUGGUGUAAAUGUCUUUUUGUAUAGAACAUGAAAUUAAAGUUACAUUUCUAUCAUUUUAUUUAA